AUGGCGUGCAGCCUCAAGGACGAGCUGCUCUGCUCCAUCUGCCUGAGCAUCUACCAGGACCCGGUGAGCCUGGGCUGCGAGCACUACUUCUGCCGCCGCUGCAUCGCCGAGCACUGGCUGCGGCAGGAGGCGCAGGGCGCCCGCGACUGCCCCGAGUGCCGGCGGACCUUCGCCGAGCCCGCCUUCGCGCCCAGCCUCAAGCUGGCCAACAUCGUGGAGCGCUACCGCGCCUUCCCGCUGGACGCCAUCCUCAGCGCGCGCCGCGCCGCGCGCCCCUGCCAGGCGCACGACAAGGUCAAGCUCUUCUGCCUCACGGACCGCACGCUGCUGUGCUUCUUCUGCGACGAGCCCGCGCUGCACGAGCAGCACCAGGUCACCGGCAUCGACGACGCCUUCGAGGAGCUGCAGAGGGAGCUGAAGGAGCAGCUCCAGGCCCUCCAGGACAGCGAGCGGGAGCACACGGAGGCGCUGCAGCUGCUCAAGCGACAGCUGGCAGAGAACAAGUCCUCCACCAAAAGCCUGCGGACCACCAUCGGCGAGGCAUUCGAGCGGCUGCACCGGCUGCUGCGGGAGCGGCAGAAGGCCAUGCUGGAGGAGCUGGAGGCCGACACCGCGCGCACGCUCACCGACAUCGAGCAGAAGGUCCAGCGCUACAGCCAGCAGCUGCACAAAGUGCAGGAGGGCGCCCAGAUCCUGCAGGAGCGGCUGGCCGAGACCGACCGGCACACCUUCCUGGCCGGGGUGGCCUCCCUGUCUGAGAGGCUCAAAGGGAAAAUCCAUGAGAGUAAUCUGACGUAUGAAGACUUUCCAACCUCCAAGUACACAGGCCCCCUGCAGUACACCAUCUGGAAGUCCCUGUUCCAGGAUAUCCACCCAGUGCCAGCCGCGCUGACCCUGGACCCGGACACCGCCCACCAGCGCCUGAUCCUGUCCGACGACUGCACCAUCGUGGCCUACGGCAACCUGCACCCGCAGCCGCUGCAAGACUCGCCCAAGCGCUUCGACGUGGAGGUGUCGGUGCUGGGCUCCGAGGCCUUCAGCGGCGGCGUCCACUACUGGGAGGUGGUGGUGGCGGAGAAGACGCAGUGGGUGAUCGGGCUGGCCCACGAGGCCGCCACCCGCAAGGGCAGCAUCCAGAUCCAGCCCAGCCGCGGCUUCUACUGCAUCGUCAUGCACGACGGCAACCAGUAUAGCGCCUGCACGGAGCCCUGGACGCGGCUCAACGUCCGAGACAAGCUGGACAAGGUGGGCGUCUUCCUCAACUACGACCAGGGCCUGCUCAUCUUCUACAACGCCGACGACAUGUCCUGGCUCUACACCUUCCGCGAGAAGUUCCCGGGCAAGCUCUGCUCCUACUUCAGCCCCGGGCAGAGCCACGCCAACGGCAAGAACGUGCAGCCCCUGCGGAUCAACACCGUCCGCAUCUGA